AUGGCGGAGCAAAUCGACGACGGCGCGUCCGGCAGCGACGGAAGCGGGGACGACCAGGAGGAGCGGAUCUCGAUCCGCGCGCCUGUCAGCGUAGACUAUGAUUACGAGGACGAGGAUGAAUUCGCGGAGGAGCCGGAGUCGCGCGGAAGCGGGAGCCGCGGCCCGCUGAAUCCUCCCCGCGGGCGCAGUGGCAGGGGGGAACGGGCCGCUGCGCGCAGAUCUCCUCUUGGCAGCGGCGGCGGCCGCGACGACGAUGAGGAAGAGGAGCGGAUGUCGAUCCGCGCGCCGCUGAGUGUAGACGACUGGAAUGGAGACGAGGACGAGGAGGGCGAAGAAGAGCGGGUGUCUAUUCGGGCACCGAUAAGCAUGGACGAUGACGGUGACGAUGGCGAUGACGAUGACAGAAGCACCGCGAACACGGAAACUACCGGUGCCGGCUCAAAGAAGCCGCCGUCGAUUCACGCACCGCUGAGCGUCGAGGGCGACGACGAAGAGGAUGACGACACGUGGUUGAAACGGCUCAGAGCGCGGACCAAGGGCUCGGGAACGCGGAGCACCACUGGCGGCGGAAGCUCCGCCGGUCGCAGGCGCACGCGGCGGUCGUCAGGGGAAUUCGACAGGCGGAGCCGUCUUAGCGCGGAGGUAUAUGGGGGAAAGAAGGUGGGUCGCAGCAAACGGAAGAAUUCGAUCGGGGGAGAUUUCCCGGGUUUCGGGUUUGGUCCGGGCGGGGUGCUGGGCGUGGGGGAUCUGACCGUUCCGCGCGCGCGGAUCACUUCUGACGCGGAGGACUUCUCCGCUCCCCCCGCCGUGUCGGGAGACGCGGAAGACGGGGAAUCAGAAGAGGAGUCGGGAAUCUCGUCCGUAGAUCCACGCUCUCCGCUUCUAGGGAGUAGGCGAGGGAAACUGGAGGUAAACGCCCGCGCGUAUGCGGAAGCCUCGGUCUCCGCGGAGACCAGCGGAGCGGAUGGGCGGGCACAAGCGGGGGAGGGGCAGCCAGUGGCGGAGGCGGAGGUGUGGCAGCUGGUGGCGGACGUGAUGACGCGGAAAGAGCAGGAGAAGGUGCGCGGAAGAGAGGCGCGCGGAGAUAAGGGGAGCGGUGAUGGAGGCGGAGCGGAAAGUGAUAAGCUCGCGGCAGCCUUAUCGGAUGGCGCAGGAAAAUCAGGAGAAACUCCCGCGAAGGAGCCCGUGGAAGGGAGUGUGGUAGGGGCGGAGAUUCUGAAAGAGUGCAUUGUCGAUGACGCUUCCGUGCAGACGGCUGGGGAAGCGAUCGCGUCUAGGGUAGCAACAGCAGGCUCAGCACCAACAGCGGCAGCAGCAGGAGGAGGAGGAGCAGGAGGAGGAGUUUCUUCAGGUGGGGCUGUGCCAGUGACUCUGUGGGCGAACGAGAACGGGAGUGAGGCGAAUAGCAGGUCUUUGGUAACCAACAGCACAGGGGCGACUGAGGGCGGGAGCGAGUGCAGCACCGCGGAGGAGAUCGCGCAUUUGCACGCUGACCUGGGGUGGACGGGGGACGAGGCCGCGACGCGCGGCGAGCGCGAGCAGGAAACGCGAGAGGGACGGGAGGCUGUGAGGGGUGGAGGGGAGGUGGCGGAUGCGGUUGAAGGGGAUGAGGAAUCGGGGGACGGCGAGUUGGCACCGUUUGAGGAUGCCAGUGCUGCUGCUGCUAUGCUGCUAGUAGAGGGGGCGGCGUCACCCGCAGGAGCAGGAAUAGUAGGAGGAGGAGCGGCAGCAGCAGCAGCAGCACAAGGGCCGCCUCCGGUGAAGCUCACGCCACGACUCGCCACUGCUGCUGCUGCAGCAGGUGCGCGUGACGCAUCACCAGUCGGUGGCAGUACUCCCAACAGUGCUCGCGCGGAGGCGUGGAGAGGCGCGUGGAGCAGGCCCCUUGCUCUUGCUGUGGCUCCCGUCAGGGGUGCUGCGAACGAUGCUAGUGCCGCCAAGGCUGCUGGUGCUGCUGGUGGUGGUGUGCGUGGUAGUGGUGCUUCGGGUCGCAGCGUUGUGGCGCGGGGAAGGAGGGAGGGCGUGCUGUGGCUGAGCCGGCACAGGAGGAUACGCAGUGGGGAGGGAGUGGGUGGAGCGGGAGGAGGUGGUGGUAACAGGGACGGUGGCGAGGGCGGCGGAAAAGGGAGGAGCGUGACAGCAGCCGGGGUUGGUGUGACGCGCAGUGAUGAGAGUGGAGCGAGGCUGCGCGUGCUGCUGCUGCGCGUGGCCAUGCGCCUGCAGCAGCCGCGCACCCACCCCCUGGUGGCGCAGACCCUCUACAGGCUGGAGCUGGCGGAGAGAAUGAGCGCCCGGGGGCGCGCAGGCGCAGAGGCAGGCGCGGGGGGGAGGGGAACAGCAGGGGGAGCGGCGGGGGCAGGGGGAGGGGCAGGAGGGGAUGGAAUGGUGGGUCGGAGGGUGAGAGAGAUGGUUAUGGGGGACGCACAGGUGAGGGCGGGAGAGCUAGAGGAGGAGAGCUUGGGGUGUGGGCAGCUGGGGUUGCAUGUGUCUGUGCUGGUGCUGGGGCGCAGGGCUGUGGGGAAAUCCGCCACUGUGCGCUCACUGCUGGACCUGCGCGCCCCUGCUGCUUCUCACCCUGGGCAUGACCAACUCCCUGGGCUGGGCACUGCAGGGGCGGACAUGGCGGGUAAUGAGCGCGUGCUGCUGCAGCUUAGACGGUUUCUGGCGGAGGAAAGACAUCAGCAGCAGCAGCAGCAUCAGCAGGGAUCAUCAUCAUCAUCAUCAUCAUCAGUAGCAGACGUGGUGUUGCUAGUGGACCGAUUGGACUGGGAAGCAGGGCAGGGCGAGCAGCUAGAGGACCUGGAGAUGUUAUCACGCGUGGGCGCGGCCCUGGGGCGGGACGUGUGGCGCAGCGUGGUGCUCGUGCUCACCCACGCCGCUGCCGCCACGCCCACUGCCGCAGAGGCGCGACAGAUGGUGCUGGCGAAGCGGAGAGAACAGAGGCAGCGGCAGGGGAGAGCGCCGGGCGAGGGGGGUGGAAGAAGGGAAGGGAAGCGGCAGGGCGAGGGGGAAGGGGAGGGGGAAGGGGAGGUGGAGCAGCAGCAGGUGUGGAGGGCGCAGCAGGCUGCGCUGGGAGAGGUGGUGGCACGGCGGGCGCAGUACUUGCAGCAGUGCAUCCGCGUGGCUGCUGGCGACCAGCGGCUGUGCAACCCUGUGGUGGUCGCUGAGAAUGGCGUGCCCUGCUGGGGGGUGGGCCAGGGGAGUGGCAGUGCCGCCCCUGCUCCUACUGCUGCUGGUGGUGGUUCAACCAGUGCUACCACCAUCACCAGCAGCAGCAACAGCACGGCGUGGCGGGAGCAGUUGCGCCCCCUGCUGCUUCCUGUGGAAGAGCGCGCCUGGGGGGGGAGUGCUGGGGACGAGGAUGACGCGGGGCAGCUGGGCCGCGCAGGCAGGGGGAAAGGCAAGGGCAAAGAGGGGGCUACGCAGGGCGGGGUGAGGGGAGGCAGAGGAGGCGGAGGGGCAGGAGGGGGAGGAAGGGGAGGAGGAGGUAGGGGAGGAGGAGAAGCAUCGGGGUUCUGGGCAGGAGGGUCGUUCCACCACUUGUCGUCGCAUGAGCAGCAGCUGCUGUCCGCCGCUCAGAUGAGGCGCUACCGGGCUGAGCUCGCUGCGUGGGAGGGACGUGCAGAGCGGCUCUUGUGCAAGGAGCAGAGACGGGUGAGGCGGCAGCAAGCACGUCUAAGGCAGAUUAUCUUUGUUCCCUUGCAGUAUCCAUAUGCCCUCCUGCUCGACCUUCCCUUCCCCCUUUCCCCUCUUUCCCUUUUGCCCCUUUUCCCCAUUUCCCUCCUUUCCUCUUCCCCCUUUCUCUCCCUUCCCGUUUUCCCCCUUUCCCUCCACCUUUUCCCCCUUCUCCCUUUUUCCCCCUCCCCUCCUACCCCCUCCUCCUUCCCUUUUCCCUCCCUCUCUCCGCCCGCUCCCUCGUGCUCCGCCCCCCCCACUCUACCACAGGUGAGUGCGGUGUUCCCGCUCUCCCUGCCGCCCUUCAACGCCCUGUUGCUCGACCGCUGCCUUGCCGCCUCCUCUCACCUUCCCGCCGCCGUCACUGCUCAGCUAGUCUCGUCCAAGGCUCUCUUACUGCUAGACGCGGACCUCUCUGCCUCGCUCCGCCACGCACCCCGCUCCCUCGCCAACCCCGUCACCACCGCUGGACUGGAAAUCUGCCUUCGCCGCACACCCGCCUGGGCCCUCAUGAUGGCCGAUGGAGGGGCAGGGGGAGGGGGAGGGGGAGGGGGGAGAGGGGAAGUGUGGGGAGCUAGUGGGAUGGGGUCUAGGAUAGUCAGCAGAGGCGGCAACAGCAGACUGCAGGGUUUUGGGGCUAUUUCGGGCUUUGAUGAUUUUGCGCAGGCCAAGGGUGCUGCUGCUGCUGCUGACAGGGCUGGUGCUGGUGUGCGGGCUGCACGGACAACAGCAGCAGCUGAACCUGGAUCGGAUGGGGCAGGUGCAGCAAGAGGGCGAGGAGCAGGGGAGUCCGGGACAAGGGGUUCGGGUGGCGCUGCUUCCUCAUUGCACGCCACUUCUGGUGCACGAGGAGCAGGUGGGGCAGCAGCAUCAUUGGAAUUGGCAUCAGCAGCAGCAGCUGCCACGUGUACGGUGCGGUCGGAUGUGAGGGUGUCACUGUUCCGAGGCAACAGGACGGCGGCUGGUGUGGCUGUGGCCAUGGGGAGCGACUAUGGAGAUGGGGUUGCAGUGGGCGCAAAGCUGUCGUCACGAGUGGCUCUGGGGCGGUGUGUUCGAGUGAGUGGGUCGGCAGCAGCAGUGCGGUGGGGGCAGGAGGAGGCAGUGGGCGCCACGUGCAGGCUGCAGCAUGCCGGAAAGAUGGUGUUGGCUGCACCAGCACAAACAGCACUUCACUCCCACCACCCCCCUCCUUCCCCUCCAUACCGUGCCAUGUCCCCCAUGGCAGCAGCAGGCCUCUCGCUGCUGCACUGGCAGGGCGCCACCAUAUUCGGCGCAGUGCUGGAGGCACAGCUGCCGCUCGUUGCCCCGCCUGCUUCUGCACUUUUUCAGAAGGGAGAUCGGACUGUAUCUGGAAGGAGCAGCGGCAUUUCCGUGCGAAUGUCUGCUGGGGGGAACUAUCACUUGCACCUUCUCACGGCCCUCGCUGCUCUGCCCCCACUUGUGCGGUUCUGGUUGUGCCGGCCUUGCGAUGAACGGGGUGAACUGGAGGAAGGAUCGGAGGAGGUUAUAGAAGAGGAGGAAGAGUUGGGAGAGGAUGGUGAGGCAGUGUAG